CACACGUAGGGGAACUUCACAACCCCAACCUUCCACAACUCACAAACCCACAACGGAAACGACAAAGUGCAACACCGCCAGACAAAGUCUUCCACUUGCUACGGGGGAUGCCCUCGACCAUGGCCCAAGAACCCAUAGCGAUCAUCGGCUUGGCGUGCCGCCUCCCCGGUGGCAAUUCCUCGCCGGGGAGACUCUGGGACUUUCUCGAGGAAGGGAAAGUUGCGUCUAACAAAGUGCCCGCCUCCCGUUUCAACGUCUCGGGCCACUGGGAUGGCUCUUUGAAACCGGGUACGAUGCGGCCCAAGGGCGGCAUGUUUUUAUCGGAACAGGACAUUGACCUCGCCGACUUCGACGCCGGCUUCUUCGAAGUAGGGGGCGCUGAAGCCCUUGCGACGGAUCCCAACCAACGCCAAAUGCUUGAGAUUGUGUACGAAGGCUUAGAGAGCGCGGGUGUAUCUAUGCAGGCUGUCAACGGUGCGCCUGUGGCGUGUUUUGUGGGCUCCUUCGCUGUCGAUUACGGGGAUAUCCAGCUACGCGACCCGGAAGACCGUCCAGGGAAUACGGGCCUUGGAGUAGGCCGUGCCAUCCUAGCAAAUCGGAUCAGCUGGUUCUUCAAUCUCAAGGGGCCCAGCGUCACCGUUGAUACGGCCUGCUCGGGUAGCCUUAUCGCGCUUGAUAUGGCGUGCCGAACCCUGCGGUCAGGCGAGGCAGACUCGGCCAUCAUCGCUGCGAGCAACCUAUACUUGAGCCCCGAACACGUCAUAGACGACGCGCUUGUUGGACAGGCCCAUUCACCAACGGCGCUAUGUCACAGCUUCGACGCGGCAGCCGACGGUUAUGUCAAAGCCGAGGCCGUGAGUUGUCUGGUCGUGAAGAGACUGUCAACGGCCCUCCGAGACCGAGACCCUAUCCGGGCUGUCAUUCGUGGCAUUGCCAUCAACAGCAACGGCCGCACAAACGGGAUUGGGAGUCCAAGCUCCGAAGCACAAGCAGACGCCAUCCGCAAGGCGUAUGCAAAUGCUGGGAUCGCCAGCCUGAACGAUACCCAGUACCUAGAAUGCCACGGGACGGGAACGAAAGCCGGAGACGCAAUCGAGGUGGCCGGAGUUGGGGCGGCUUUCGCAGCGACCCGGGAUUCCACCAAACCACUCAUCAUCGGAUCGAUCAAAUCCAACGUGGGCCACGCCGAGCCGGCAGCUGGACUGUCUGGACUGAUCAAGACCAUCCUCUCGCUCGAGCAUGGCAUGAUCCCGGGCACACCCCUUUUCAUCAACCCAAACCCCAACAUCAACUUUUCCGCGGCUAGGGUGAAGGUCUCUCGGACCCUACUCCCUUGGCCCGCCACCGACGGCAAGCCCAAACGCGCGAGUAUCAACUCGUUCGGAUAUGGCGGCGCCAACGGGCACGCCAUCCUCGAGGAAUCAGACGCCCAUACCCAAGGCCAGACACACCAUGUGGUCUCCCUCAGGCCCAUCGAGGAAGUUAUGGAAUGGACACCAGACGAUUCCAGCCAUAGCACCACGGACGACAGCAUUCCAAGUACUAAACCGUACACGCUCGUCGUCUCAGGCAACGACGCCGUCUCCCUCGAAGGCAACAUCGCCGCCCUAUGCAGCCACCUCACCAACCAACGCGUAUCCGUGUCCCUCCGCGACGUAGCCUACACGCUCUCCCAGCGCCGCUCACACCUCUGGCAUCGCGCCUUCGUCACCGUCCACAACAACAACACCAACACCUCCUCCUCCCGAAUCACCAUCCAACCAUCCACCUUCACCAAAGCCAAAAAAGCCCCCCGGCCCCCCCGCAUCGGCCUCAUCCUCACCGGCCAAGGCGCGCAAUGGCCACAGAUGGGCCACGCCCUGCUGCACGCAUUCCCCACCACCGUCCGCGCCAUCCUCACCGACCUCGAUGCCGCGCUGCAGGGUAUCACGACAUGCGCACCACCGGAAUGGUCGCUCCUCGCCGAGCUGACCGAACCCCGCGAGGCGGCACACCUACGCCGGCCCGAGCUGGCCCAGCCGCUGACCACGGCGCUGCAGAUUUGUUUGGUGGCCGUGCUGCAAGGGGAGUGGGGGGUGGAGGUGUCGAGCGUGGUGGGCCACUCGUCGGGGGAGAUUGCGGCCGCGUACGUGGCCGGGUUGGUGGAUGCCAGUGGUGCGAUCAAGGCGGCGUUUUUUCGGGGUAGGGCGGUUACGGAGGUGGGUGCGAGGGGGGGGUUGGAGGAGAGGCUUGGGAUGUUGGCUGUGGGUUUGGGUGAGGAGGCGGUUGCUCGCUAUCUGGAGGCGUAUGGUGGGCGCGCGUCCGUCGCGUGCUUCAACAGCCCUGGUAGUGUGACUAUCUCGGGACGGAAGGACGAUCUUGAAGGCUUGGCUGGGGAGCUUCAAGGGGCGGGUCACUUCGCCCGACUCUUGCACGUGGACGUGGCGUACCACUCGCGGUAUAUGGACGCGGUCGGGGCCGAGUACGAAUCCCUCAUGAACCGGGAAGGGUUCCAGGGACAAAAUACGGACGGAGACUCACGGGAGUCUCGGGAAGUGCGCAUGUUUUCAUCGGUGACGGCAUCUCAAAUCACCGACAAGACGCCCACAGAUACGGCUUACUGGAAGUCCAACCUUCUAUCCCCGGUUCGUUUUGACAAGGCCGUCCAAGAGAUGCUCUCGCAACCCGACCGUAAAUCACCCGAUAUUCUGAUUGAGGUUGGCCCGUCUGGUGCCCUUGGUGGCCCCGUAUCACAAAUUCUCAAAUCGCUUUCCAAGGCCGAUGACAUCUCGUACUACGCCUCUUGGUCCCGCGGGGACGAUGCCAUCAAGGCGCUUUUCAACGUGGCCGGACAACUCUUCAUCACUGGUGCGGCCAUUGAUAUGGGCGCCGUCAACACCGAAGACCUGGAGGAGAACGAACAUGGCGAGGCCAGCAGUCCCCCGCGAUGCGUCGUCGACUUGCCAAGUUACCGGUGGAACCACUCGGUCAAGUACUGGUACGAAAGCGCGGCCAGCAAGGACUGGCGCUUCCGGCGGUUUGUCACGCACGACCUGAUCGGGAGCAAAAUCCUGGGUACGCCGUGGUCGAGUCCGAUCUGGCGUAAACGCCUGGUCCUGGACGAUGUGCCGUGGCUGAGGGAUCACAAAAUGGGCGGCGACGUGUUAAUGCCCGGGGCGGGGUUCUGGGCCAUGGCUCUCGAGGCCAUGUAUCAGAAACACUGCGCAACCGAGCUGCAGGCCUCGGCCCAGGAAGUUCGCGUCAGUGACCUGGCGUAUGGGCUGCGAAACAUGCGCUUCCAGCGCGCCCUCGUGGUGACAGAGGGCGAGCCUGUCCACAUCCUCGUUUCCCUGACCAAGUUGGCUCGGAGUAGUGGUGAUUCGGGCUGGCAUGAGGUCCGAAUUUCUACAUCCAGGGACGAUGUAAUGACCGAACAUUGCAGCGGCCUGAUUCGGGUCCAGGAGGAGACCCAGGAGGGGCUGGCCGAGGAGGACGAGAGGCGGGCCCCUUUCCGAUCUCCGCAGCCGUUCUCGUCCUGGUACAAGACUCAGCGUGAGGUUGGCAUGGACUUUGGUCCCUCGUUCCAAAAGAUCGAGUCGCUCGAAGCCAUCAGCGGGGAGCGUUCCUGCCGGGCCAUAGUCGACUUGACACCACCCCGUUCUGCUUGGGAUCCUCAGUCACACUACUCUGUUCACCCGGCUGUCCUGGAUACCUUCCUCCACGCCCUCAUGGCCCCGAAUGCGGCCAACGAACGAAGCCUCGUAGAGGAGAUCCAGAUCCCCGCGGUAGCCAACGAAGCCUUCGUCAACCGGAUCCCACGUCAUGGGAUGCGCCGAGGCCUGGUCCUCGCACAGUCGAGAUACUCCGGACGGGGUCGACCGGAGCAGGCCAAAGGCAUCAUUGGAGAUGUCUCGUCGUAUGAUGCCGAGUCAGGAGCCUUGGUGCUCAAGCUCAAGGGUCUCAACUACGUGAAGCUAGAUGCGAAUCCCAGGACCGACCCACACGUCUUCGAUUCGGUCCAGUGGAAGCCUGACAUCACCCUCCUGACACAAGCCCGCUUGGACACUCUUGGGCUCCACGUCAAUGCCGUCCUUGAUUUGGUUGCCCACAAAAGGCCGCGUCUCAAGGUCAUUGAGAUCAGUCUCACGCAUAGCAGUUAUGACCCCGUAUCAAGUCUUUGGCUGAGGAGUGACGAAAUAACCGCGCGACAGGCGUGUCCCCAAUACGACUUUGCCUGUGCCGAUGCCGAAAGGCUGGUUGCCGCACGAAAGGAGUUCGCUGGUAUGAAACACAACGCGGUCGGCUAUUUGCUUGCGAGCCCAGAGAAGCCAAUGUUUGGUCUUGACACCGCAACCUCGCCGCGGUACGACCUCGCAAUACUACAAUUGCCCGAGGAGAUGGAGAGUGCCAAAAGAGCAGCUCUGUGCAAGAAUCUCGAGCCACUUCUUGCGGAUGGCGGCUUCGUUCUCAUGCCGGAACUCCCAAAGGAACGCGAGAUCGUCCCCCAUUCUUCUGAAACAUCGACGAAUUCCGCUCCGCCAUCCGUAGACGAGACAGACUCCAGCGUCGACGUAGGAGGUUCUCAGUCUGACGGAGACCAUAUCGCAAGCUCCGUCACCUCUCUUACGAACGACGAUACCCGGGUGUCGAAAGCCAUAGGGAGCCCAGCAGAGAGCGAUCAGCUUGACCACGUACUAGUGAUCGACGGCGGCCCAGUGACGCAUCACCUCUGCAAGAUCCGCGAGACCCAGCACCCACCCGAGUCCGGAUCGCAGGAGGCCAGCGAGCCAACAACGUCCAGGCCCCAAUCCCGAACCCUCAUCGUCACGCACCUGACAGCCCCCUCAGCCAACCAAACCGCCCAUCUCACUUGCCUCCUCGACCAAGUCUCAGGAACAUGGACCAUAACCCACACCCCCUCCCCCCACUCCAUCACCACAACCACAACCACAACCGCAACCACAACCACACCCACAACCACAACCACAACCACAAUCACGACCACAACCACAACCACAACCACACCCACCCCCGAAAACGAAAACAGCAUCCUCCUAAUCCCCGACGAGCUCUACACCCCAAUCCUAUCCAACCCCUCCCCAACACAAUGGGCCGCCAUCCAAGCCCUCUUCGCCACAGGCCGCCCCCUCCUCUGGCUCACGUCGGGCGGCGCCUCCGGCACGCACCCCGAGCGGGCCAUGGCGCACGGCCUGCUGCGCGUCGUGCGUCGCGAGCUGGCCGGCCAAGAGGACACAGUGCCGCGCGUGGUUUUGGAUGUGGAUGUUGAUGUUGAUGUUGAUACGGACGCGCCGGUUCGGGGUCGGGAUGAUGAGGCGCUGGCGCGCGGUGUGGCGACGGUGCUGGAGGCCAUGAGCACGAGCGCAAGUGAGAACGGCCGCGGCGGUGUUGAGACCGAGUACCGGCUCGGACGGGACGGGGUGCUGGCGGUGCCGCGUCUCGUUCCGGAUGCGCCGGUCAACGAUUUCCGGAGGUUUGAGCUGCUGGGCCAGGGCGGCGCGGCAGCCGUGGCGGGCCUGUGGGAGACGGAGCGGCCGGUGCGGCUGCAUGGCGAGAGGGUCGGUUCGCUGGAUGUGGUUUGGGUCGAGUGUGCGGAUGAACCUCUGCAGGAGGGGUUUGUUGAGGUGCAGGUUGAAGCGGCGGGCGUGAACUUCAAGGACGUUGCGGUUCUGAUGGGAAUCAUACCUGAAGAUGAACAGAUGAUCGGCUGUGAAUGUGCCGGCGUGGUUCGGAAACUCGGGCCUGGCGUGACCAAGGUUCAGGUUGGGGACCGCGUUGCCGUGCAGGGCAGGGGCUUAUACGGAACCCGGAUUCAGUCGAGCGUCCACUGCGUCCGACAGUUUCCAUCCUGGAUGAGCUUUGAAGAGGCCGCCACGAUUCCUCUCGCGUAUACGACAGCCAUUCAAGGCCUCUUUCACUGGGGAAAUUUGGAAGAGGGCCAGUCCGUUCUCAUCCACUCUGCCGCAGGAGGAGUUGGAAUCGCCGCCCUUCAGCUCGCGCAGUAUAAGAAGGCCGAGAUAUUUGUCACGGUCGGUUCAGAGGAAAAGCGCGAGUUUCUAGCCGCCCAGUUUGGGAUACCCCGCGACCACAUGUUUUCCUCGAGGGAUUCCAACUUCGCACAGGAGAUCUUGGCCACAACAGAAGGCCGAGGCGUAGAUAUCGUCCUCAACUCGUUGACUGGAGACAUGCUCGAUGCGUCAUGGCGUAUCUUAGCCGACGGAGGCACCAUGAUUGAGAUUGGCAAACGAGAUAUUCUGGACCGCAAUGCCCUGGCGAUGGAGCCGUUUGGCCGGAAUUGUUCCUUCCGAGCGCUGGAUGUCUCGUUUGGCAGAAGCUUGAAAGACGCGCUUCUGCUAGGAAAACUGAUGGACGAAAUAUUCACCCUCAUCGAGCAGCGCCAUAUUGGGCCAAUUCGGCCCAUCACCACAUUCGGUUUUGACAACGUCUCGGGGGCCCUGGCUUGUAUCCGGCGUGGUCAACACAUUGGUAAGCUUGUCAUCGCCAAAGGGCCAUCGAACGACCUCCGGGUUCCUAUCCAGCCUCUGCCACCAUCUUUCCAACUCCGGUCAGAUGCCUCCUAUCUUAUCGUCGGAGGCAUCAAGGGCCUUUGCGGCAGCCUAGCUCUGCACAUGGCGAGACAUGGGGCACGUCACCUCAUCGUCUGCAGCAGAAGCGGCAUCGAUGAUGAGACGUCGGCGCGCAUUGUGCGCGGCUGCCGUUCCUAUGGCUGUGAAGUGACCGGCCAGAAGGGCGAUGUUUGCGAUAUGGCCUUUGUACAGCACGUCUUUGCGUCGGCCCACCCUCGAAGGAUUGCUGGCGUUAUCCAGGGGGCCAUGGUCUUGAAGGAUAAACCCUUUGAGACCAUGGCACUGAGCGAUUACCAGUCUGCCGUGGCUGCUAAGACGUCGGGGACAUGGAACUUACACCAUGCUUCGGUCGAGGAUGCUUCCUCCUCUCUCGACUUCUUCACACUCCUCUCGAGUGUCUCGGGCGUGGUAGGAAACAAGGGCCAGGCCAAUUAUGCCGCAGCAAACGCCUUUUUGGACGCCUUCGCAACGUACCGCCGUUCCUUGGGCCUGCCUGCGCAUUCUCUUGACCUCGGCGCAAUUGACGACGUCGGACACAUCGCCGAGCAGGAGGCCCUUGCGCUCGCCAACGGGGGCGGAGGUGGUCUCGCAGAUCGCUUCCGUCACGAUGCGCAGUGGACGCCGUUAAACGAACGGGCAUUGCGAACCGCCCUGACGGUGUCCAUCUUGCAACAACAGUCGCGGCCACUCAGUGAAAACUCCCAGUUGGUCACGGGGAUUGCACAUCCGUUGAAUGGCGGUGCCCUAGAGGAUGACCCGCGAUUUGGCUACUUGUCCGGUGGGGCCAACAAAGGGGUUGUGGUUCCCUUGAAUGGCGGGCCGGAAGACGGCGCGGGUGCGGCAGUCGAGGCCUUCGCACUUCUCCGGGCGUCAACCACUGCGGGUGUUCAAGCGCUGGAAAAGGCGGCAGUAACGGCACUCGCCGCGCAGACGGCGCACAUCCUGCGUCUGGAGGCUGAAGUUGAAGUUGGCAAGCCACUAGCCUCGUAUGGCCUCGACUCGCUGUCGGCAGUAGAGCUCCGUGGCUGGAUCCGGGCUCGACUCGGUGCUGAGAUCAGUACUCUGGAUAUCACGGGGGCGAGGUCGCUGGUUGAGCUGGGAGAAAAGGUAGUUGCUAAGAUAAGCCAGGUUGCGGUCAGAAAGGAAUAGUUACCUUUCACAUGGAUUGAUGCUUGCCAUGGUUCUGGAGUCAGUUCCGGUUCGAACAAGGGGGAGACUCUUCUAGUUGAUUGAGGAACAAGGUUUCGAAUAUAUAGACGUACUCAAUAGACUAUUUAUGUGGCACUAGCAAUAAAUGGCGUAACAGUCUUCAACUUAUAUCCCCACCAGUCGGUUGAGGUUGAAAACAGCAGCAUAGGGGGGCUAUCCCAACGAUAGUAUAUCAUUAGAUACGUACCCAGCCACUG